AUGAGGGGCCGCACCGGACUUGGGGCGCUGCUCCGGCAGUCGUCUAGAUCCCAAGGCACUUGGCGGUCGUUCUCUUCGAAUUCUGCGCGUCUCUCCACAAAGCUAGGCGGCGUUGGUGCGCGGCAGGAAGGCGCAAGCAGCUCAUGGUCAACACGAGGCGUGCUGGCCGUGGCCGGAACCGCUGGUGUCCUUGGCUGGGGCAUUGCGCAAGUGUCGAAGAAUGGCGAGGUGAAUGGCAAGCCCGCCAAGGUACAAAAGCCUCGCUAUGCGACUGUCAAGGAGAUGGAAAAGGCCAUCCAGAAGAUAGCCGUCGAGUUGGGGGACGAGGACAUUAUCUCAACUGAUCCAGAGGACCUGCACCGCCAUGGGUACUCGGAAUGGUCGACAGUGAACCCCGACACGCUGCCUGUGGCCGUAGCGUAUCCUCACACCACGGAGCAAGUGUCCACGAUUGCCAGGAUCUGUCAUGAGCACCGCAUCCCCAUCAUCCCCUACUCGGGUGGCACGAGCCUUGAGGGCAACUUCACGGCACCGUAUGGCGGCGUCAGUGUCGAUUUUGCGUUUAUGGACAAGAUUGUCGAGUUUAACAAGGACGACAUGGAUGUUGUGGUACAGCCAAGCAUAGGCUGGCAGGAUCUGAACCAGCAGCUGGCGGACAUGGAUAGUGGACUCUUCUUUCCCGUGGACCCUGGACCGACGGCCAAGAUUGGCGGCAUGAUUGGCACCAACUGCUCGGGAACCAACGCUGUGCGCUAUGGCACCAUGAAGGAUUGGGUUAUCAAUUUGACGGUCGUGCUCGCUGAUGGGCGGGUCAUCAAGACUCGUCGCAGGCCACGCAAGUGUUCUGCCGGCUACAACCUCAACAGUCUGUUUGUCGGUUCCGAGGGUACUCUGGGCUUAGUGACAGAGGCGACCCUCAAGCUCGCCAUUGUGCCCGAGGACUAUGCUGUCGCGGUCGUCAGCUUUCCGUCCAUUCGCGACGCUGCGUCAGCUGCUGCCGGUGUGAUGCAAGCUGGCGUACCCGUUGCUGCAAUGGAGGUGAUGGACGAGGUGCAGAUGAUGGUGAUCAACAAGAGCGGUGCCACAGCGCCCCUGACAUGGGAUGAGCUGCCCACGCUCUUCUUCAAGUUCUCGGGCACAAAGGCUGCCGUAAAGGAACACAUCUCUCUUGUCGACACCAUCACAAAAUCCAACAAGGGUGGCAACUUUCAGUUCGCAAAGGAUGCGGCGGAGCAGAAGCUUCUCUGGUCAGCCCGGAAGGAGUCUCUCUGGUCCAUGCUGUCUCUGAGGCAGGGCGACGAGGACGUCUGGAGCACGGAUGUCGCAGUGCCCUUUAGCCGUCUCGCCGACAUCAUCGAGGUGAGCAAGAAGGAGAUGGACGACCUCGGCCUUUUCGCCAGCAUCCUCGGUCAUAUUGGCGAUGGCAACUUUCACGAGAGCAUCAUGUACAACAAGAAGGACCCCGCGGAGCGCGCCAAAGUCGAGGCCUGCGUCAAGAACAUGGUGAAGCGCGCGCUCAACAUGGAAGGCACGUGUACUGGCGAGCAUGGCAUUGGCUGGGGCAAAAAGGAGUCCCUCUUUUGGGAAGUCGGGCCGGAGGUGCUCAGCGUCAUGGGGGCGAUCAAGAGCGCCCUCGAUCCUCUCUGGCUGAUGAAUCCGGGCAAGAUCAUGGACGUCCCUGGGAUGGAGAACAAAUACAACCGCAACCAUGGCGUCAUGCCUGUUCGUGCGACGGCCAAGUCCGCUGGUAUCGAGGGUCCCCUGGUGGAGGAGGAGCUCAAGGAACAGCUGGUCGAGGUCCAUGGCGGGACUGCGGUUGCCUCCUCUUCUUCGCUCAAGACUGUUCUCUCGUCAAAUCCCUACAUUGCCUUGUACACUACCCCAGCGUAUCCUCUCAUACUACCAAUACAGCAUGUAGGCUCUAUGCCGUGGCAGAAAUGGCCCAGUCUCACCCUCGAACUCACGAGGCUGCCCAAGAACACCGAGACCCGCCAUCUCUGGAAGUGGUUCAGCCGGGAGGGCAACAUUGUUCAUCUGCAGGUAAUGCAGCAAGACGAGCGUCGCUCCAGCAGCCGUGCCCCCGAGGCCAGCGUCCGCUUCGAGCCUCCACCAUCGAGAAACUUUUGGAACAACGGGGAGUAUACCGUCACACAUCCUCAAGAGAACACGGCUGUCAGGAUCAAGAUUCUCCCUCCUCGUCAAGAUGCACAGCAAUGGUCGUAUGGUCCCUUCAGCCUCGAUACAGCAGGCAAUAUUAUCAGAAUGACGGGCGCACUUGGCCAUCAACACCCAAUGCUUAUUGCGCUCAAGCCGACGGGCAUAGACUUUGGUGUCAUGACGGGUCCAAACACUAUGAACGCCAUGAAGCGAGCUACACCGAUGGAAGAGGAGCCUCUAGUCCUUGAGCUCGACACUCGACACAGAAAGCUGUGCAUACAGUUUCCGCACAAGGCACGAUUUCGGCACCAGAGCAGGAAUACUCCCAAUGGACCAAUAAUCUUCCGCGUCGAAGUGAACUUGGCCCAGAUCAAGACAGCGUAUCAGCUCAGAGACCCGAAUGGGAUGUCAACAUCACUUGUUCUGCCUCUGACCCAGCCUCCACAGUACUUUUGGAGAAAUGACGACCUGGGAAUCACGAUGGCAGAUGCAGGUGAGUGUCGUUGGGGGAGACAGGACAUCUGGUACCGCGCAACCCACAUUGCUGGAGACAUGACCAUCAACAAUCGGUACCCUAUCUCUGUCAAUGAGGCCAUCCCAGAUUCCGAACACAUUGACAUUGGUCGGUGGACUUGUUUUCGUUUUGUGCUUGACACAAACGAUGCCACCAAUCAGUUGACGAGGCAGUUCAAGUCAGUCUUGGAAGACUUCAACGUCCAGUAUGUCGAGCACUUGGAUCUCGAGGUCAAGUCCGGCCUCAAAGCCCCCAUGUGGGCGCAGGUAGAUCAUCCACCCUCCCGCGCAGCAGCCUCACACAGCGAAGCGCUGGCGUCCCUCGGCAUGCAGCACGUUUUCGAUAUUGACUUUGCCGUUCGUUACCAGCUCGAAGUGUGUAUCUCCAAAGGCCUCAUCAGCGACCACAACAUCACUGAGGAGUUCCUCCAGAAGCUCUCCAUUCAGUAUAGAAGCCCAGACGAGUCACCAAACUGUGACCCCAGCAGAGCAAGGCAACGUCUGGAAUGGCUCGUUGACCAGAACAUCCGUUUAGAGGACCCCAUGACGAUCUUCACCAACCCAGACGCAGGAGCCUUCUACACCAGCAAUAGACUGCCUCACUAUUGCACGCUGGUUCGCAAAGCCGUCGUAACUCCCACCACAAUUCAUUUCAGCACGCCCGUCGCCGAAACAUCGAAUCGGGUCAUGCGCAAGUAUGACCUUAUCCAGGAUCGCUUUCUGCGCGUGCAAUUUCUGGAUGAGGGCGAGCAGGGCAGGAUAGGCAUUUACAGGCCACAGAACAAGGCCCUGUACACUCGGCUGGAACGCACCCUGUACCAGGGUGUUCAGAUCGGCGAUCGUCGCUACGAGUUCCUGGCGUUCGGAAGCUCCCAGCUUCGAGAGUGUGGCGCCUACUUCUUCUGCCCCACGGAGAGCGUUUCGUGCGACGAUAUCCGGAGAUGGAUGGGUAGUUUUGACCACAUCAAGAUCGUUGCUAAAUACGCCGCGAGGCUAGGCCAGUGCUUUUCGACAACCAGAGAGAUCAAGGGAAUUCAAGUCCCACAUAUCGUCCGCGUUCCUGACAUUGAAAGAAAUGGCUACUGCUUCAGCGAUGGUGUCGGUAUCAUCUCGCCUUUCCUGGCUCGCCUGAUUGUCCAGGAGGUGGAUAUGGACGCCAUGUCUGCCAAUUGUUCGGCUUUCCAAUUUCGUAUGGGGGGCUGCAAGGGUGUGCUCACCGUCUGGCCCGAAGCAAAGGGGAUGGAAGUGCACAUACGCAACUCGCAGGAGAAGUUUACCACCAGCUUCCACGGCCUCGAAAUCAUCCGCUGCGCCAGAUUAGCGACUGCCACCUUGAAUCGACAGACGAUUUCGAUACUGGAGUGUCUUGGUGUGCCGACGGGGGCUUUCAUGAACCUUCUUGAUGAUCAAAUGCGGAAGUUCGAGGCAGCUCUGGGUGACAAGCAAGAGAACAAGCAGCAGGCGCUCAGUCUUUUGACGCAGUUUGUCGAUGAGAACCAGACCACUCUGAUCAUGGCUGAGUUCCUGAAGUCAGAUUUCAUCGGCGAUGGUAUCCGAGAGCCGUUCGUGGCCAGCAUCCUAAACCUGUGGAGGGCCUGGUCUUUGAAGCUUCUCAAGGAAAAGGCCCGUAUCCAUGUGCCACAGAGCGCAUUCGUUCUUGGCUGCCUCGAUGAGACAGGUACGCUGCGCGGGCAUCGAACUGCUUGGGAGAAACCGUUCGUGAAGCAACAAGCAAGGUCGUACCCGAAGCAGGAGCGCACCCAGCUCCCCGAGAUUUUCCUGCAGCUGUCUGACCCAAAGGUCCGUAACAAGUCGACGGUUGUGGAAGGAAUCUGCAUCGUGGGCCGGAAUCCAUCCCUGCACCCGGGAGAUAUUAGAGUUGUGCGAGCUGUAAAUGUAGAGAAGCUGCAGCAUCUCCGAGACGUGGUGGUCUUUCCCAGCACCGGCGAUCGACCACUGCCCAACAUGCUGUCUGGAGGAGACCUUGACGGAGACGACUACUUUGUCAUCUGGGACCAGUCUUUAAUUCCCAAAGAAUGGCAUGCCAUCCCGAUGAGCUUCGAAACUUCAGAGCCCAAGGUGGAAGACAAGGUGACCGUGGACGAUCUUCGCGACUUUUUCGUUUCUUACAUCCAGAACGAUGUUCUACCUCUAGUGGCAGUGGCUCAUCUCGGCCAGUCUGAUGCGCAAAAGGAAGGGCCCAAGAGUGCGAGAUGCCUAAGUCUCGCCGAGAAACAUUCGUUGGCUGUGGACUUUCCCAAAACCGGCGUGCCUGUCGGAUGGAGCACGGAACUUCAACCCAAGCAGUGGCCACAUUUCAUGGAGAAGAAGAGUCGAUAUCAAUCGCAGAAAACCCUGGGAAAGAUUUACGACAAGGUACAGGCGCAUGCUGUCCACUUCCAGCCAGAUUGGGAAGACGAUUUUGACCGGAGGAUCUUGGGUCGUUACGAAUUCGAGGAAGAGACCCUCGACGCAGCGCGCAACGUCAAGAAGCAGUAUGACACAGCAGUUCACCGCGUGUUGGCUCAGCACAAGGUCAAGACAGAAUUCGAGCUGUGGACCGGUUUUGCCAUGUCGAGGCCGGUGAUCGGCAGCGACUACAAGCGCCAGGAGCACCUCGGGAAAGAGUACGACACGUUGCGACACAGGUUUCGGGACAUGUGCUACACCGCGGCUGGUGGGCAUGGUCCCGAGAAGAUUGAUCCCUUUGUGGCUGCCAUGUACAAGGUGACGGAGAUGGAGCUCAAGCAGACUCUGGAGAAACACCGCGAGAGCAUGAGUGAUGACUUGGCGAACGGUACGCUGCUUGUCAACACCAUGGACGCCAGUGCGAUACCUUUGGUGACAUUCCCAUGGAUCUUCCCUCAAGUCAUGAUCCGCAUCGCGCAGGGAACCGCCAAGUCGAAAAUGCAUAGCAAGGCUGGCACGCACAGGGAAACUCAACAGCCAGUGUACAAGGAAGGCAACACAAAGGCUGGCAGAGGACGAUCAAAGACCGAAGCGGACGACGAGUGCAAGCCUUCUGAGGCGUUGGAGAUUGCAGCCGGACAUGUAGACGUCAAGCCGUCUGUCAUACUCCCGCCUCCUGGUCCGGGAGUGGUCGACAUGAACGGAGAUAUGCCUUCCAGCAACACCGCUGCGAAUAGCGACGAAGAUAGCAGCUCAGCUCACAAGGGGAAGGCCAUGUCCGCAUACACGACAAGCGCUUCGUACACUGUCGACAGUUGGCAUGACGCAAUGAACGGUGAGGCCAGUCCAUCCGACAGUGGAUCUAACAGCGAGGCUGAGUGCGAGGACGGAAAGGCAUCGGCGAUGGACAAGCUUGUUGUGAUGGGGAACGGUAGUUGA